CUUCUCGAUUGAUUGGGUGAGUCUUUUCUGGAAGCGUCGAUACCCCGCAGAAUGAUGUCGAGCGUGACUUCAUUCUCGUAUUUUUCCGUGCACCACCGUAUCAUCGCCUCCAUCCAGCUGUGAGACACGUAAGAUGGAAACGAGUGACAUCAACCAGCAUCAUCCCAUCCUCAACUCUUCCCUUCGCCAGCAUAAAUACCCAAACUGACUCGACCAGAUUCUGAUCCCAUCAAACAAACCAGACACGAAGAACAUCACCGCAAACUCUACACUCUACACUACUCAACCUUUAACUACCACCAACACCCAACUCAACUUUAAAAAAUGGCCAACAACACCAACCCCGGCAACUUCGCCAACCGUCCCCACGAAGAAGUUCAGAACAUUGCCCGCAUGGGCGGCCAGUCCAGCCACUCGGGCGGCUUCGCCAGCAUGGACGAAGACAAGCAGCGCAACAUCGCCUCAAUGGGCGGCCACGCCUCCAGCGGCAGCUUCCAGCCCGGCGACCCCCGCGCCCGCGAAGCCGGCCAGAAGGGCGGCCAGCACUCCGGCGGCAGCUUCGAGCCCGGCGACCCUCGCGCCCGUGAAGCCGGCCGCAAGGGCGGUUCGCGGACCUCGGAGGAUACCCCCGAGGAGUAAAUUGACUCUCGAAUCCCCAAGAAAAUGUGCGAGCGAACGGGAUUCUCUUUCGGGUUUAUGAAUGAUGUGAUGACAUGAUAUGACUUGUCUUAUUUGCGGCUAUGCGAGUCAGGAAGAUGCAAUGCAUGACGUUCGAGUCUGUAUACUAGUGAAUCAAUG